AUGCAUAAAUUUACUCUAACCUUCUUGAACAAGGAUGUUAAGUAGUAAUACUAAUCGAUGAAUAAAAAAUAAUCCAUAGAAUUUCAAAAUUAGUAAAAAUGGAUAUUCAAAGUCAUAAUGAUCUACUUUAUUAUUAUUAAAAUUAUUGAAUAAGAAUGAGUAAGCUUGAGAUUCAUUAUAUUAAACUGGUUAAUAGUCAUUUUUAUAAAUUUAUGCUUCAAAUAAACGUCAUAAAUUAUAUGAUUUCUUUCUGAUAUUUGUAGUCGUUAGUUAUAGCCUUUAUUUUCCAUUAUCUAAAUACUUCUCAUUAACUUCAGGGGAUAACUAAUAUGUUGAUGGAUAUUUAAUAUCAGUUGGCACUUUUGGGUAUAUCUAAAUUUAAAUAUUUUAGUAUGAUUAAUAUUUUUAGUUUCAGAUUUAAAACUACUAUUCUUGCACAAAAAAUAUCUUCAGAAUGA